CAGUACUUUCUAACCAUCUACAAUCACGCCAAAAUCAAGCCUAAAUGGUGCGCUCCAACAUUCUAUAUCUGACCUUCCCCAAAGAUAUUCCUAUACCAUCCAGAUCACCACAUCACCCCCACCCCAUAAACCCCAAAACCGACCCCCCUCCCUCCCCACCCCCACAAACCAUCAACUCCCGAUUCCUCAUCCUGUCCGACACGCACGGAACACCCAUAUCCUUUAAAGUCCUCCAGCACGAACACCUCGAUAUCGUCCUCCCCUGCGGCGACCUAACCCACGGGUCUAAGCUCUCCGAAUAUCGCGACACAAUCCAACUCCUCCAAAGCAUCCCCAUCCCCCUCAAGCUUCUCGUUGCCGGAAACCACGACUUCACCCUCGACGGCCCCACCUACACCAACAAGAUCACCGAGGCUGAGGCCUGCGGGAUCGACUUCCCUCUGAUCCAAAAGCAGUAUGGCCACCACGGCGAAGCACGCGCUCUCAUCGACACAGCCAAAGACCCAGGCAUCGUGUUCCUGGAUGAGAGGAGCCAUCGCUUUGACUUACCCAACGGAGCCGCAUGAGCAUAUACGCCAUCCCGUGUACGUCGUCGUUCGGGAACUGGUGGUUCCAGUACCGUCCGGACGAUGGGCAUGAUUUCAGAAUAGGGGGAUUCCGUCGACGUGGUGAUGGCCCAUGGACCUUCGAAGGGAAUUUUCUAUUCUACGUAUAGCGGCCGACGGGCUAGAUAUCCACAUCUAUUCGAGGUGGUUGCACGGUGUCGUCCGCGUAUGCAUUCACUUUGGACAUAUCUAAGAAGCCUAGGGCGCGAAGGUAGUGAGUUAGCGGGAGACGGUUAGUGAGAAGCCGU